CGGGCGGGGUAGGGCGAGAGCCGGAAGUGACGACGGAGCGAAAGUUGGCGGGGCAACCGGAAGUGGCUGUCGUCAAGGACGGCCUAGCUGCGGGGAGGACUCUCUUGAAGCCUGUUUUAUUUCCCCGGACAGAUGGAGAUGGAGCGGCCGGGCAUCGCGGCGAGCGACUCGGUGAGUCUGGAGGCAGCGAGGCUGGAGGACCUGGAGCUGACAGACCCCGACAUGGCCAAUGCCCCCGUCUACUGCAUCUGCCGGCGGCCAGACAUCAACUGCUUCAUGAUCGGCUGCGACAAGUGUAACGAGUGGUUCCAUGGGGAUUGCAUCCAGAUCACCGAGAAGAUGGCCAAGGGCAUUCGGCAGUGGUACUGCCAGCAGUGUCGAGUGAACGACCCGACACUCGCCAUCAAAUACCGACAGAAGAAGGCGAAAGAGAAGGAAAGAGAGCGUGACGGAGAAGCGGCGCUGGAGAAAGAAAGGAGGAAGGAGCAGGGGGAGGCCAAGAUGGACAAGCGGAAAGUGGCAGCGAAUGUAAGAGCUUAA